UAGGAUGAAAAGAAUUAAUUGUCAUUAAUUAAAAAGUUGGAACUUACAAAGAAUCCCAAAAUCUUGAUGAACAAGGCUGAAAAGCUCUCUAAAUUUUGUAAUAGAGUUUAUCUCUCUAAUCUCCGUAAUGAAAAACAAGCAAACAAGGGCUGAAUAAAUAGAAACACUUGGAAAGUGGCCGAAAAUCGACCCGUACGGGUGCGUGUAAAUAAUUCGGCGUCAAAAUUUUCUUCUGCUCGCACGGCGUGCGGCUGCCCGCAUGGUCCGACCAUGUGGGGUACUCCUGCAACUGUUUUUGAGCCGCGGGGCGUGCGGUUUCAUCCGUGGGGCGUGCGGUUCAGACUUUUGGACUUCAUGCUCUCCAAAUCACCCGCGGGGCGUGCAGAUAUGAUGCGCGGGACACACGAACCUCUUUUGAACCGUUUUCUUGCAUUUUUCUUCCCCUUUCGACCCUGAUUGAUCCCAUCUUCAAUCUUUGACCACUUUUGACUCAAAUUAUGCUCCUUAAUCGUCCUGUGGACCUCAUAUGCUUCUAGCCAUCUCUUGAACGAAUCCCAAAUCUUCUCAAAUUAAGUUCUAACGCCGAUGGGGGGUCCAAAUUCCUGAUUUUCUCUUCUAAACACAAACCAAAUCAGGUAAACUGUGACUUGAGCUAAUUAAACACUUUGUGACACAAAAGAUUAGGAAAAGUGACAAAACUCAAUCCAACACGCAUCAAAUACGUGUUGAAAUAUGAACUCAAUCCCAAGGAAUGGGAGGCGAGGAAAAUGAAGAACGUCGAGGAGGCGAAGGAAAUGAGAAAACCAUGGCCCGGCAAGAUUCUAGUAAAAAUGGGAACCAUUGGGGAGCAGGAUCUUUUUUGGCGUGACUUUUGAAUAUUUUGAAGUUGGUGUUCCAACUUUUAAAAUAUAAACAAUGACACCCACUAUUUUUCAAAAAAAUCUCUAAAUAGGACUAAAAUAUGAAUAUAAUUCAUAAAUAGUACUUUUAAUGUUUUAUUCCCAAAAUAGGACUCAAUAACUCCAAUUUUGAAAAGUUUUAAUUAAGUUAUUCUUUUAAAAGGACUAAAUAAGUCGGAAUAAAAUUAAACAUACUUAGUCCUAUUUUUUGAACUUUGUGUUGGUUUUGAUCUUAUAUUGAGCGAUUUCUAUUUUUUAAAUGGUGGUUUCAAUUUUAAAAUUUUGAAAGGUUACACAUACCUAUAUGUAGAUUAUUUUUUCAGUGGUGUCAAUUUUAAAUUUUAAAAAAAUUAUAUAUACCUAUAUAUGAAAAAGAAACCAAGCAAUCUAGUCGAACUGAUUGUGAGGUUAUCGUGCCUAGUGGGAGGUCUCGAGUUGUGAAUUGACACCACAACCCUAUAGGUGGCUCCGUCCCUAGACAUCAAGCUCAAAGUGCAGGGGAAGCACACAUCUUAUACCUUAGUGUAUCUCAAAGUGCAGUCAGCUCUGUCCUAGUAUAGUAUGAGAAGAGGGGGAACACGCAAAAACCAGUAUAUUACAUAAGCAAAUUUUGCAUGGGGUCAAGCUUAGGAACCCCUCCUUAGAUAAAACAAUCGUGACAGUUUAUGUGUCAGCUCUUUAGUCAUGUCAGCAUUCUCUGAUGGAUCAGCUGCGAGUACCAAACCCCUAUUUUCCUCCUCAGCAAUAUAUCAUACUACAAUUCUUCGUGAUCAUUUCCAUAGUAACACAAUCCUAAAUUAACAAACACAACCUAGAGACUUACCCAGCCAAAUACACCCGAAGAAUAACAAAAAUUAUAAAGAACAGAACCCAAUUGCAAGCCACUGCAAACUAAACAACGAAGAUGUACUACCCCACCCUAUAAUCGGAUCUGAAACUGUACCACAAAACCUCGGCCACACAAAGCCGGAAACAAUACGCGGGACAAACGCCCGGAGCAAGAAACAACGAUCGAACAAGAAAACGAAAAAGAAGAAACCUUGCAACAAAGGAGUAAACGCCGUCACCUUCACCAAUCUGAAUCGACCCGGGUUCCGCUAGGGUUUGCGGCGGCCGCUCCGUACAAGAGAUGUCGUUGUUACCGCUGCCCAUCACCACCCACCGCCACCGCGAUCACCAUGUGACCCCAGCGCCGCCAAGUAACUGGCAGCUGCCUAAACAACAACCUCCCUGCCUCGCCUAGUCCCUAGCAGCCCUAACAACAACCACGACGGUGGACGCUGCCACCCCCUUGCCCACCGGCCCAGUCCACAAACCCCAGCCCCAUCCGGAACACUCCCCCAUACCCCCUCCAGCACCCUCCCCCAGCAGCCCCCAACCCUCUCCAGUACCCUCCCCAGCCCCCUCCUCAUCCCACAUAUUGUGACUGGUCCACCACCGAUCAAAAUCUCUCUAUCCACAACCCGCCACCACAGGCCAAUAUCUCUUCGUCCAUAGCCCCCAACAAUCUACUAGCCAAAGUGACAUCUCCAUGGCCCACAGGGCACACCCCAGCCACCCCACCACAGUUCAUAACGCACACCCCCACUCAUCCAUUACAACCACCAUCCGACCCUGUCAGUACCGCUCAUCGGUUUCUGAACACCCUACCACCAGAUCGAAACCUUAGCCACCUGGAUCUGAAAAAUCAAGAUGUGGGGAUACAGAAUCUGCAGAUCUGGACAGGAUUUUGAUUGGCGGCUAUCGAGACGCUCCAUCGAAGAAGACAACGACGGAGGUUCUCCAAAGCAGCGGCAAUCGAGACACACCGUCGAAGACGACAAAGAAGGAGGUGUUCUAAAGCGGUGAUGCUAGAUUUACAGUCGAGAAGAAAGGAGAAGAAGAAGAAAGUGACGAUGGCUCAAUCGGAGAACACUGAUGGAAAAGGAGCGAUGGUAGUAUGGAUGUGUUAGAGGUGGUGGAGGCCGUUCGAUUGGAGAUGAGUGGAGAGAUGGGAAUUGGAUGUCAAUAGACCCGAGAUGAGAGAUGGGGAGACGGAAGAGAAAAUGUCGGCUCGAUCACUUUUUUGUCACAAUCUAACAAUAAUAUUUGGGCCAUUAUUUCUUGUUUUUAAUUAUGAUAAAAAAACAAAAUACAAAAUACUAAAUACUAUCGUAUAAUUUGUGACGAUAUUCUUUUCUUUCAGGUGGGAUUCAACAUUCCUCCGGCAUUACUUGAUACGCCGGUCACCUUAGCUAAUCUCCAUCACCACAUUAAUAUAUAGUCUGAGCAAAAUCAAUCCUAUAUUCCAUAACCCCUGCCAGACCAAUUAAUCAGCUGGCCGGAAAAUGGAAAACCCACCUACAAAAACAGACGCCGGAACAAACUCCGACCGGCCAAUAAAAAUUUCCGGCCGCUCCCACACAGCCCGUUAUUACUUUCACCAGGUGAAAGACAGCCUAACCACCAGACUCUCCAAGUUUAUCCUCUCAAUCAUCUUAGGCGGUCUCUUCGUCAUAGCCCUCAUCGCCUUCAUUUUGUGGAUAAGCCUUCGGCCCCACCGCCCCAGGGUCCGCGUCGAGUAUUUCUCUUUUCCGGCGCUUGGUAACGGAAGCGCCGCCGCUGCCGGCAGAGAUGCCCAUAGUAUUAGCUUCAACGUGACGGUGAGAAACUCGAACCAGAAUAUCAAGAUCCACUACGACGCCGUUCUGGUCAAGGUUUCCUACGACGGCCAGACCAUAGGGAACGCUUCUUUCCCGAAACGGUUUUAUCAAGGGGCGAAGAACACGACGGCUUUCGCCGGGUCGAUCACCGGGGCGGCGCUGAAUGCGAGUAGUCAGCACUGGACGCGCCUGGUGGCCGGCGCGUCGCGGGGUUUGGUGGUUUUCGGGCUGGACUUGACGUCGACGAUCCGGUUCAAGGUGGGGUCUACUUGGAAGUCGAGAGAGCAUAGGAUGAAUACCAAUUGUGGGGUCGGGAUUGGAACAGAUGGCAUGCUCGCAGCAGCUUACAAAGACAGGAUUUGCCCUAUGUAUUUUAAUUAGCUAGUGUUGCUGCAAAAUUAAUUUAAAUUUGAAAUUUUCAUUUCGUAUAUAUAAUUCUUUUAUUUGUGUCAUAAACAAAAAUAUAUUGGGCAUAUUAUACACAUCGACAUGUACAAGACCCAAAAUUGUUUCAAUUUUCUCCAUUAUUGAAGUUAUACAUUCGCCUCUUCUAUGAGAUAGAUUACAAAAUCACUUAGAGUCCGU